UGACGCAGUUUUCCCGCCGUGACCUUUUCUCCUGUCAGCAGCUUUCAUUGAGUAAAGCCGUUAUCUGGCUCAUCCACAAAUGAAACAUGGGUUUCUUAAAACAAUUAGACGUCGAAAAUUUUAAGUCCUGGCGAGGAAAACAAACUAUCGGCCCUUUUAAAAGGUUUAAUUGCAUAAUUGGCACUAAUGGAUCAGGCAAAUCUAAUGUCAUGGAUGCUCUUGGAUUUGUGAUGGGAGAGAGAGCAGUAAAUCUUCGUGUCAGACACACAAGAGAUCUCAUCCAUGGUGCCCACAUCGGCAAACCCUCGUCCACCUUCGCCAGCGUGAGCAUGAUAUACUGUGGAGACAAUGAUGAAGAAAUUAUCUUCACCAGGCGCAUUUCAGGGGAAUCUUCUGAGUAUCGUGUGAAUGGUAGACAGGUCACUUUGGCAAAGUACACUGGAGAGCUGGAGAAGAUUGGCAUCGUGGUGAAAGCAAAGAAUUGUCUGGUGUAUCAGGGUGCUGUUGAGUCAAUUGCCAUGAUGAAUUCUAAAGAACGAACAAAGAUGUUUGAACGAAUCAGCAGCUCUGGAGAGCUGAGCGCUGAGUAUGAUGCCAAGCUGGUGGCCCUGCAGAAAGCCAAAGAGGACACCCAGUUCCACUUUAACAGGAAGAAAGCAGCUACAGCUGAGAAGAAACAAGUCUUCAAAGAUAAAACUGAGGCGGAAAAAUAUCAGGCGCUGGUGGAUGAACUCAGAGAAAACAAACUCCAGCUGAACCUCUUUCAGCUUUUCCACAAUGAGAAAAAGAUAGACGCACAGUCAGAAUCACUGCGGGUCGUGCAGGAUGCUGCAGCACAGCAGAAGAACAGCCUGGACGUCUAUGAACAAUCUGUGAAGGCUCAGAAGAAAGAACAUGGGCGCGUGAAUCGAGAACUUCAGCAGUUGGAGAAGGAGAUCAGAUCUCAGGAGCAGAUUCUCAAUCAGCAGAGGCCUCAGUACAUCAAAGCUAAAGUGAACACCUCCCAUCACGAGCAAAAAGUGGAAGAGGCCUGCAUAUCGCUUCAGAAGAACCAAAGUCAGAAAGCCAAAAAGGAGCAGGAGCUGCAGGAGUUAAGGAGCGAGCUGGCUGAGCUGGAGAUGACCUGGAAGACCUCCGAGAGACUGAUGGAGGAAGAGGCGGCUCAACGAGGAGAUGGAGUGCAGCUAGAGGAGAGCCAGAUGGAGCGGUACAAGGAACUCAAAGAGCUGGCCAGGAAGAAGGGAGCCGUUCUUAACCAAAGUGCAGAGAAGCUGCACUGGGAGGUAAAAGCCGACUGCGAGAAGCUUCAGUUUGACCUGAGGAGGAAAAGUGAGAUACAGGCAAAUAUUAAACACUCUCAGACUCGUUUGGAAGAUUUCAGCAGAAGGGCAGAGAAGCUGGAGGACUUUGUCAACACUACUAGGAAAGGUGUUGAGGAGCAGCAGCAGCAGGAGGAGCAGUUGACAGAGGAGCUGGCGAGGGGCCGGGUGAGAAUGGAGGAGGUGAAUGAGGAGCUUGCCCAGGUGCUGACCAAGCUGCAAAACGCUCGUCUAGACAGCCAAGAGAACCGACGACAGCAGAGACGCGAUGAGGUCCUGGAAAGCCUCAGGAGACUUUAUCCUGAUACAGUGUAUGGCCGACUAGUGGAUUUGUGCCAGCCCAUCCACAAGAAAUACCAGGUCGCUGUCACCAAGGUGUUUGGCAAGAAUAUGAACGCUAUUGUUGUCACAUCUGCCAAAGUGGCUCAUGACUGCAUCCGAUUUCUAAAAGAAGAAAGAGCCGAACCAGAGACAUUCCUUCCUAUUGACUAUAUAGAUGUGCGGCCUCUAAAUGAGCGUCUGAGGGAAGUGCAGGGAGCCAAGUUGGUGGUGGAUGUAGUUCAGUGUGCUCAAAGUGCCCCUCUGCUUAAGAGAGUGAUCCAAUAUGUGUGUGGGAACUCGUUGGUGUGUGAAACGCUGAAAGAUGCCCGUCGCAUUGCCUUUGAUGGCCCUGAGCGCCUUCAGACGGUGGCUCUUGAUGGCACCUUGUUUCGCAAGUCUGGAGUGAUUUCAGGAGGCUCCUUAGACCUGCGCAGUAAAGCUCGACGCUGGGAGGAAAAGGAUAUGAACAAGCUGAAGGAAGAGAAGGAUCAACUGUCAUCUGAGUUGCGUGCCCUGAUGAAGCUGAAGCGUAAGGAAGUGGAUCUAAAACAGAUCAGGGCUCAGUCUCAGGGAAACCAGACUCGCCUCAAAUACUCCAACUCAGAACUGGACUCCAUCAGCAAGAAGAGCAUCCCAGCUUGCCAGGCUGAGAUUUCCAAACUCAGAAGUGAGCUCUCCAACCUUGAGGCCCAGAUUGAGAUACAGACUGAGAGUGUAGAACUAAAGGAUAAUGAGAUGAAGGCCGUCAGAAACAAAAUUAAUCAGUUGGAGGAUGUUGUGUUUGCGGACUUCUGCACAGAGAUUGGUGUGGUUAAUAUCCGUGAGUAUGAGCAGGAUUAUCUCCGAAUGCAGCAGGAGCUCGAGAAGAAGCGCCUGCAGUUUGAGUCCCAGCAUACACGUCUAAGUACCCAGAUAGAGUAUGAACAGGCUCAGCUGGAGAAACUUGUCAAACAGAUGAAGAAGAUAGAAGAGACCAUAAGAAAAGAGGAGAACGUUGUUAUCAGCUUGAAAGAGGUGGAAGACAGACUUUUGAUAGCUGUGGAGGAGACGCAAUCAAAUCUCAUCGAGCUGAACAACCAGCUGUCAGAAAAGACAACUGUAGUUAAAAAUGCCAAGACAGAGCUUGACAAGACUCUUAAAGGCCUCCAGGAGAAAUCCAAGGUGCUAAUGAAGCUUCAGAAAGAAACUAUUUGCACUGAGGCUGCUCUGGAACAGCUGCGACUGAGCAAACACAACCUGCUGCUGGGCUGUAAGAUAGACGGCCUCCCGUUGACACUGAUCUCUGGAGCAAUAGAUGACAUCAGUGACAUACAGGUGCAAACAGAGGAGUCUCAGAGCAUCAGUACUCUGGACAUUUAUGAACGAGAGGCGCAGAUGGUGUUUGAUUAUUCAACACUGGACAGUGGCCUUAAGACCCUCACUGAAGAGAGUGAAGUGGAAGCUGAGUUGGAGAAGCUCAAAGAGGGCGUUUCCUCUUUGGAGUCUAUGAUCAUGAUGUCCAGAGCUCCCAACCUGAAAGCUCUAGAGAAGAUCAGAGAGGUGAAGGACAGCUUUCGAGAAGUCAUGGAUGCAUUUGAGACCAGCACACACACCACUAAGAAAUGCAGUCAGGAGUUUGAGCAAGUGAAGUCCAAACGCUUCCAUCUCUUCAGUCAGUGCUUUGAACACGUGUCUGUGGUCAUUGACCAGAUCUACAAGAAACUCUGCAGGAACACCAGCGCUCAGGCUAUUCUUAGUGCUGAGAAUCCAAAUGAGCCCUACCUGGAUGGCAUCAACUAUAACUGUGUGGCUCCUGGGAAACGUUUCAUGGCCAUGGACAACCUGUCAGGUGGAGAGAAGGCCAUCGCCGCUCUCGCUUUGGUCUUUGCCAUUCACAGCUUUCGCCCUGCCCCGUUUGUGCUGGAUGAGGUGGAUGCUGCCCUGGACAACACGAAUAUCGGCAAGGUUACAGGAUUUUUCCGGAUGAUGUCCAGAGAGAGCUGCCAGAUCAUUGUGAUCUCCCUGAAGGAGGAGUUCUACUCGCGGGCCGAUGCUCUUCUUGGAGUCUAUUCAAUGUUUGAUGAAUGCAUGUUUAGCCGUCUGCUCACCCUGGACCUCACACCUUACCCACUCAAUGAGGAGAAUGCCACAGACAGAGAGAAGGACAAAUGAUGGGUGGACGGCUGACAAUGAAAGAUAAAUUAUUCAUUGUUAAAAUCAUUUAAAACAUCUAAAAGUUUGAAUGUGGAACUGUUCAGUUUAAUUACCUAAAGAUCUCCUCAUUCUCAUUUAACAGGUUUGAGCUGUUUUUACUUUGUUUUUGUAUUGACAUUUGAAUAUUUAAGAGGUUGUUCUGUGAUGCAACUUGUUAUGUUAAAGCAGUUUUAUGUGUUAUUGUUAAAUGCCAGUUUACAUUUGUUCAAUGUGGAAAGUGAUUUUAAUACAGUUUUACUGUUUGC